UGCAGUGCUGUUCGACCACUGAAUUUUUUUUUAUCGGGAGGGAGAAUUUGUACCUGGUCACCGGCCGCCACACCUUUUACUUCACAUCCCUGUUGCAGCUGAAGUGACUGACUGGCCUGGCCUACCUCGAUGUCUGCUGUGUCCGAUUCCUUAGUCACCGCGUACUCCAGUCCGGGUUCUCAUUCUCAAUGACGUUUCAACCCCGGAUCGUGAGGGGUGGGGUCUAUUUUCGUGUGUGGUGUAGGCCCAGUUAGCGCUUGGAAAUUGUGGGUUUCUGUCGAUUCGGUUUUAAUAAUAGGACAGGCAAACAGAUCUUCAGUCGGAAAUCGUAUGUCGGUUCGAGUGGAAGUGGAACGCAACGUGAACUGAGUGGUUGGUGGACUAACAUCUAGGACUCGUACACAGUUAUUAUAUUGACAGUACUACGCCCUGCUGAUGAUCGGAAUUUGAAGCCGAAGGGGAACUGGUCGCGUUCUUGGCUCUAGCUCUAGAUUUCUAGACCUUCAGAUAUCAAAGAGGCCAAGAGCUCUUCCAAGAACAUUCGUAACCGUAUCGAGACUCCCGUAGCCCCCUGCUGAGUAGAUCCGGGAUCUGACAACCUAGAGGCUGGACCUUCGCUCGUCUUCGGACUUGCCUCAUUAUUGUGAACAGUCGUCUGUUCGUCUGAGACGUGUUUCAUGAAUGAAUAAUCAUCGUCACAUGUUUCAAGCAUAAUCAAAUUAUUAAGUUUUGUUGUGCUAAAUGUUAGACCUAUUUCCAGUGGAUUUUUAAAAAGUCUCCGCUGGUUCUUGAGAAGUAGUGCCAAAGUUUGCAUGAAGUUUGAGAAGUAGUGCCACAGUUUGCAUGAAGGCUUGUGGUGCAUUUUGUGUCCCUCUCUCGUUGGAAAUAGUUCUCAAAAUAAUAAAUUUUAUGCAAGUAGAUAAAGAAAUAUAUCUAUUUUUGAGUUAGGGGAUAUUGAUUUUAUUGUGUGAAGUUGAGAUUUCUGUGGUUGGAUAUUACAUUAUAACAACACUUCAGCUUGAAGCUGACCAAUAAAGGAAGAAGGAACCGGGAUUCCGAUUCUGUGAACGUUAACCUGUGACUCGACCUACAACCGUGCGACAUCUCGCCGAGGAAACGAGUCAAAUGGAUCUUCAGUAUUUCCAUGUCCUGUACCUGGUCAUCCUGGUGACGUCAUGUUGGUCAUUUGGUGCAGAGGCGGCUGUCCUGAACGACUACAUUCUGGACUACCAGACGGUGGACUUUGACCACGGUCAUCUGAGGGAGAGCCACAGUCGGGCCAAGAGAGAGGCCGACCCCGUGCUACGAUGGAGCUUCACAGCCUACAACAGAUGUCCCAUACAGUAGUGCCCAUCUGGCCAUCUUGAGCGAUAGUGUCAUGGGCCACAUUGAGGUACCCGGGGACACAAGAUACCAUAUAGAGCCUGCCAGCAAACAUCUAAAGGACAGCACAGCCCACACCAUCAUUUAUCCAGAGAAAAAGAUGAAUCUGGAUCCUUACAAGCAUUUACGACAAAGCCCUUGUGGCAUCAAAGAACACUAUGAGAAAUUGAACGAAAUGUCACAGCCUGAGGCUGGAAGCUUGGCCAGACAGAAGAGAGAGGCAUACAAUGAGGCUUGGUGGAAUUCUCCUAACAAGUACUCUGAAGAAGUGAACACUCGUGUUCUGAGGAGGAGAAAAAGGGCAGCGCCGUUUUCCUCCGGAAAGACAUGUUUCAUGUUUCUGAGAGCUGACAAGCUUCUGUAUGAUCAUAUCCUCAGCCGACAUUCCUCGUCUGGCUUGUCUGCUGCCGAGAAAGCAAAGGAAGAAAUUCUUAGCAUGUUUUCUGUCCACGUCAAUGCUCUGAACAGAAUCUACGGAAACACGAUAUUUCAGAGGCAGGUGUCAGUGAAUAACCCACCAGUAAGAUUCACGGGCGUUCAGUUUCAGCUCCAGAGAACGAAGAUUUUCGACAAUUGCGAGGGUGACAUCAACGACGGCUACUGCACCAACAACCUGGAUGUGAGCAAUUUCCUUGAUCUGACAGCCCGCGAAAAUCACAAUGAGUACUGUCUGGUGCAUACCUUCACCUACAGGGACUUUAUCGGGGGUACUCUUGGUCUUGCCUGGGUAGCUAAGCCAGAGUCUGGGUCAUCGGGCAUCUGUGGGCGGUACACACGGAUUGCUGACAGGUCUGGAGCGACAUCUAUGAAAAGCCUCAACACCGGUGUGGUCACGUUUAUCAACUUCAAACAGGACGUGCCCCCUAGGGUCUCCCAGCUUACAUUUGCCCAUGAAGUUGGCCAUAACUUUGGUUCUGAGCAUGACCCCACUUCGACAGAAUGCGCCCCGUACGGCACAAACUUCCCAGAUGCUUCAAAGGGCAACUACAUCAUGUUUGCCAGUGCCGCCCAGGGAAAUCUGCCUAACAACGAUCUCUUCAGCACUUGCAGCCGCGACUACAUCUCCAAAGUGCUGGAGACUCUGGGUACAGAGAGAACUGACUGCUUCAAGGCUUCCAACCAAGCCUUCUGUGGCAACAAAGUGGUGGAGCAGGGUGAGGACUGUGACUGCGGCUACGAGGACGAGUGCACAGAUAUCUGUUGUGAGCCACGACGGAGCGGGGACGUGCAGAACAGCUGCAAGCUCAAGCCUAAUGUGGCUUGCAGUCCUUCCAAGGGUCGCUGUUGUAGCAACGACUGCAGGAUUCUUAACAAUACAGAAGUUUGCCAAACAGACUCGGAGUGCCAAGAAUCAUCUAGAUGUGAUGGUACAAAUCCCAUAUGCCCUCCUGCUGAUGACAAGCAAAACUUCACAACUUUUUGUCAAGACUACAGCAAAGUUUGUGAUAGUGGGCAAUGCCAGGCCUCAGUGUGUCAGUACAUUGGCUGGGAAGAGUGCAUGCUGAGCAAAGCCGAUGGAGCCUCUGAUGGACAGAUGUGUUACGAGUCGUGUCGAGCAUCCCCCGAUAGUGAAUGCAUCAGCUCUAUUGAUGCGGCGAAGAUUAAUUUGCCUGUGAACAAGAACUUCAGGGACUUGCUCCAGCGAAUCAGAGAGGGGAAGAAUUCGUCAGACACCUCUUUGGGCAUUAAGAAACCUCCAGGGGCUGGAUGCGACGCUUACCUAGGCUACUGUGACAUUCUGUCCAAGUGCCGGAAGUACGAUGCUGAAGGACCCUUCAAGCAGCUCACAGACCUCAUAUUUGACCCCAUGAACUUUCAAAAAGUGGCAGACUGGAUUACAGAAAAGUGGUGGGCUGUUCUACUGAUGUGCGUCGGCUUUUUCAUCUUCAUGGGCGUGUUUGUCUGGGUGUUCAAGUACAACACACCAAGGACAAAUCCGAAGAAAAGACGACAGCAGCCGAGAGCAGCCCAAAGUCAAGGGCAGAACCCACGGCAACAAAAUCGACCACGCCAGCAGCCAGACAAGAGAGGCGGAGUUUAUUCAGUGGACGUUCCCAUGCAGGAGAGGAGGGGCGGGCCUGGCUAUGGACAGGGACAUGUCAAUCAAGGUUACCAACACUCAGGACAUCCUCAGCAGAAAGGACAACAUUUUGAUCGCAUCUCCCAACCUCGACGCUAUUGAGAAGGGGAGAUUCCAUCAAUACAUCUACACAAUGAUUCCUCUUUUCUGCAUUGUAUGUCUGUAAAGCAUAUAUUUUUUUACCCAAAUUUUGCCAAGAACGCAUUGAGAUUCAUGUUUUAACAUUAUUUUUUAAAUCAUGUCGAGAUUUUGUGUUUUAGAGCUCUAGAUUUCGUUUCAGUUCCUAUAAAUCCAUUUCUUGAUCUCAAGUAGGGAAAAAUUCAUUGUUCCAUAAAUGUUUUCUUUUUACUGGACAGAAAAUGGGUGAGGGUAAAACACUGUUAGCUUGGGAAGAUUUGCUGAUGUUUUUUUUGGUCAUAUUCUCUCUGUUGAGAGUAGAGUUCUAUUCUUGGCUGUAGAGUUGUUUUCAUUACUAUACUUUUUGUCCCUUUCUGAUGAAAUUGCUUUUUAUUUCUUCCUCACCAAGUCACGAAAGAGGCUAAGAUAAGUCGGGAAUAUUUUGUACGUAUUGUAGAAGAAAUGUUUUCUGUGAUUCCUUUCCUGUCUCAGACAGGGGUGGUACAUCUUCCCUUGUCUUGACCUUCACAUUCCAACCUGCAGAUUUUUAUAGUUCCUUUGAGAGUCCUGAGAAUAAUGCAUCCAUCAAACAUUUCCGUACUUUUGUGAUACACUUACCCAUACAUUUUUGUAUAGAGAGCAUUUUUGUCAGUUUGAUUACUUUUUGCUGGCUCAUCUGCUUUGCAUUUCAUGUUACUGGCUCGUCUACUUUGGAGGGUGAUAAGGACUUAAUUUGUUCUCGCCAUCCAGUUGGAGAUACAAUGACUGGUCUCUUUCGUCUUUACCAGAGGCCCUUAAUUUGUGCUCUGGAGGAGGAAGCCAGUUGUUGAAAGGAAUCCCAAAUUUUACUGAUGGUCACAACCAAAUUUAUUAAGUCUGUCUGUGGUAAAAAUUCGAAAUGGAAGAUUAAAGAUUAAUGUGUGUCACGAUCUGGUGGAAUCAGGCGUUUGUCAAUUUUUAGGCAUAUGGAGUUAUUGGUAUAAUCUUAAAGCUUGUUCUUUUGUCUUGCUUUCGGGGAGAAAAAAAUAUACCAAUCUAUCUUGAAUAGGAGUUGAGAUAUUUGCAAUUACAAGGGGUGGGCACAGCCUAGUUUCUGAGGCAAAAUUAGCGAGAAAAUGAUUGUCAAAAUUUGGUGAUUUACUAUUUACAAUGACUCAGAGUCUUUGAAAACUGAAAAUUUAUAUUUUUUGUGCCAUUAAUCAAUGUUUUUCAGUAAACUGCAUACAAAAAUGUGCUUUUAAAUGGAUAUAAAAGGUGUCGAGCCAAAAAGCAAAAUUUUGACAAACGUUGCGAAACCAGCGGAAAUAUGCCGGUUUCUUUGAUUUAAUUAUUUUGACGACCACCUGAUUUCACCACGAUGCCUCACAUAUGAACUCACAAUCCCGUGUGCUAUGAUUGACCACAUUGCUGUGUAUACAGGGUCAAUGUGUUGUGAUGUAAGGAGAAAUUUUGUUGAAAAAUAAGUUUAGGUAAUUUGUUAUAGACUGUUUGCAACCCAAAAAGGGUUUAAGAAUUUUUUAUUAUUUUUUUUAAAAGAUAGGGCUGCCUUUCUUUCAAAAUAAUAUCUGUUAUCUCAGAAAAGAAUUAGUGUACUUGAAUGUAUGUAAAGCUAAGACUUUUUUUACACACAUUAACCCUUUUCUGUUUGCGUUCUUUGCUAAAAGUGGCCGCCCAGUCGCUCAACUACCAGUGUACGUAGCAAUUUCCUAAAGAACCAGGCUGACUUCUGAUACUGGUUCUGACGGGUUUUUUUGCUAAAUUGAAAAGAAGAAAUUAUAGCCAAUUGUCUGUAAUUUAUCUUUAUCAUCAAAGUGAAGCUUACCAUUGAGGGAAUCCCGUUGGAGAGAGAGUGUCGCCUGGCUUUUUUUGGACGGGUUGGACUGGAGCACUUUUUUCUGGCUUGUUGCAGCCAGGCUAAACAAGAAAGGGUUAAAGAAGCAAGAACUACUUACCGAUGUGAUAUGUUCCCUCUGCUCAAAUAUUGGCAGCAGAUCUCACCUAGCUGCUGGAAUGAAGUUGUAUUUCUCAUAUGCAUACAUUUUGGGGAAUGUAUUGAGUUGAAGAUGAACAUUUUUUAAAUCUGCUCUUGAAGGGCCAUAUGAGAAAUGCAUUCUAUAAAUAAUGAAAGACAUAGAAGAAGCUGAUGAUUCGGUUCUUGAUCUGUAUGCUGGAAAAAAGAAAAACUGAAACGGAGCAAUAUAGAAUAAUUGUUAUUAGCACAUUUUGCAACAAAAUAUUUUAAUGCAGCAAAGAUUAAAGAUCACGCUAGGGAUCUGAAGGGAAAAAAAUGGAAUUUCAAAUAUUGGAGAUAACCAAUUAUAACACAAAGCCCUUUAUUAUGAUUUUUUCCUGUAGCUUUUUGUAAUAACAUAUGUAUUCUGAAGGUGACAAGAGCAACGUCUGUGAAAAUCAAUUACUCCUUUUAAAAAAAUUUGAAAUAAGUGUGUUUGCAAGAUAAUAAUCUUUGCUGCAAAUGUGUGUUUAACAUCCAGCACCUGUGAAUAUAUGAAUCAGUGCGGCAUUGUUCUAUAUAUGUAUGCUGAUUGACCCACCGCUGUGAGAGAGGAGAAAUCAAGUCAGGGUUAAUCAUUCACAAGUUCAAAUUUACUUGUACUUUUUUACUAAUUUAGUUCUCUUUCUGUGAUUAUGGGGCCUGAAUUUUUCUGUAUCUGCUUUGCUUAUAAAAGAAAAGUAAAUAUGUUUUGACAUAAUAUAAUAUAUACACAGUUAUAGAUUACCGUGCCUAAAUUAAAUUUUCCAUUUUUUAAUGUGUAACCUCUUCCCCUGAGCAUUGUAUUAAUUAUUAUACUGUCACCCGCAACAUAAAGCACUAGGCUGCAAUGACUUCGUUCGUCAAUAUGCUGUGUGUUAACUGUUUGAGAAGGACCUAGCGCACUUGUACAUAUGAUCGGCAGUUGACCAAAGGCAUUGUUUGCUGCACAUUUCAAACUAUCUUAUGCUCGUAAGAAACAUGAAUUUGCUUAUUUCAUAGUAUGCAGGUUGGUGCCUGCCUUUUAAAGUUUCAGGUAAUAAGAAAAGAAUUUAAAACUAAGUAUGAAGAAGGAAGCCAUGCCUCUGUUUUUUCCAAGUGCCCUAAAACUGUGCGUCCUCAUUGAAUUAAUCAACUGUGUCUGGUGGUUACUCAGGUAUAGGCUGUGGCUUCUCACCUUGACACCAGGUGCAAGACUUUUUGCCUAGCCAAAAUGCUGACGUAAAGACCAAAAUAUACGCUGGAGACGUGUUACAUACAUUUUGUUGUUGACUCUUACAUUACUUUUUAAAGAAUCAUAUAUGUCAAUUUUUGUUAUGAUACAAAUCAUUGUUUGUAUGUGAAGAUGUUUUAUUGCCUGUCGGUAAAAGUAUGUGUAAUGAUUAGUGAAAAUUAUUUUUUAUUUUUUGUUUAUGUGCUGCUACACUUAUUAUAAAGUCCUGAGCAAUGUCAGUCUUGUCUGGAAAAUGCUUUUUUCCCCCCUUCAUUCAAUGAACAAUAAUGGGCAAAGUUGAAGCCCACCUCCUAAAUGAUCUAAUGUGUCAAUAGGGGUGAAGAAAUACCUACAUUAUCAGUGUGGGUGGUGCAAAAUCUUGCAGCAAUCUGUGGGGAAGCUCAGGUGCAGAGGUUCUGUGAAGCUGAGAGAGCCAGGAUUGGAAGGGUUAAAGACUGAUUGUUUUUCCUCCAUGCUGGUUUGAUUGUGCAAUAAGACUUGUACUGGUACUUUUGAAAAUUGGGGAUGUAAAUAAUUGUUGCUCAAUAACCUUAUUCCAUCUUGAUUUAUUAAAUUAUUUAGAACUUUUUCUGUUAGGUAUGCAAAGUUUGAGGAUAUUUAGGGAGCCAUUUGUUCCCAAAUGUGAGUAGUUUUCCCCCAAUGUGAUUUGGUGAGUUUUUUCAACCUGCUAUGAUAAGGGCAUCAGUCAGACAUGCAUCAAAGAGUUAGCCAAAAUUCAAAAUGGUAUUUAUCACUAGAAUGACCAUCCUACCACAUCAUAAAUCUAAUGUUCAAGUAGUUAAGAAAGAAUGGAUAUGCCCUUUUUCAGGAGAAGACAGGAAUUUAAGAAAUUGUUAUUACAGUUUUCCCUCAAAACUAUGUUAAAUAACAUAACCAUUUAUGAUGGCCCAUGUUGUGAAUGUUUUGGCGAAGGGCUACUCUUUACUCUUGCUGGCAAGAGAAAUCAAGUGAAUAUAAUAUGUUUGUGCGCGCGCGCGCGUGUGUGUGUGUAUAUGUGUAUAUGUGUGAGCGUGUGUGCGUACAUACUUGUGUGCAUGACUGAAUGUGUGCAUGUGUGAAUGCGAUGAUGAACGAGUGUGUGUGUGUGUAUGUGUAUGGGUGUGUGUAGUCAUUUAAAAAAAACAUGUUCAUUCUCUGUCAUAAUUCCCAUGGUUUAAGACUAACAUUACUGCAUAAUCUCACGCCUUCAUCUGAAGAACACAAUGGAAAAAUAAUCAUAGUAAUAUUUUGAGGCUUACAGAAAAUUGAAUUUUCAGUUCAAAACUCACUCUGCUUUGGGUCAUUUUCCUGUUGUUCUGUUUUUUUUAAAUGGGGUCUUUAAUUCUAGAUUGAACCAGUUGUUCGUUUUGCCCAGUUUUUAGAGUAAUCUAUGAAAGCAGUAGACGUGCUAAUGACAGUAAUUCAAGAAUUUUGAGUUUCUUACUUCGGUCUUUUUUUCAUUGUGGUCUUUGCUUUGUCCAUAAAAUAAAACUUUGACUGACUUUUGUGAUGUUCAAGAUUGUCACUGUUUGAUCUGUUGUUAUUAUUGAUUAUUGUUUAUGAUACUGGUUAUUACAGUCCUGCCCACAAAAUAUGAUGAUAGCCCUGUUGUUGACAUUUAAGAUUGUUUGCUUCUUCAAGUGCCUUGAAGCAUCGAAACUGUGGUGUGUCAUUUUUCAUGAAUUUAUUCAAAUUUGCUUUUCAAAAGCUGGCUUUAUCAUAUGACUUUGCAGUAUCUAUCCCCCUCUUUCUGAAUAUGUCUGUAACAUCUAUGGUUGUGGCUAUAGUGAUUAGCGCGCGUGUGUAAACGUCUCUGUGUGUGUGUCAACAACUUUGUAAUUUUGAUGGUAUGGUAUUUGAAAUCACUACUGAUGCUGUGAACCCCCCCCCCCCUUUUAAAAAACGAAAUAAAACCAAAAAACAUAACAGAAUCUUGUCUUUUAAGGCCAUAUAUUUCAAACCCUUUUAAUUUUUUGUGGACAAAUAAGGAGAAAUAAGUGGAGAGUUGGUUACUUUGAUAAGUCAGAGCACAGCAAGAUGGGAGAAUUCUGAAACUCUCAGCCAUACUUUAAAAACGCAGUAGAGGGUUGAUGGAAAUCAUUUAUUUCACAAUAAAUCUCAUACCAACACGUUUAUCUGUGGCGUGUACAUUUUUCUUCUAGGAGAAUGAUACGAUGUAGUGUUGCUUUAGUCCUUUCUGAAUUUAGGUGCUUCGUUAGUCAGUUGGUAGCAUGCCGGACCAUGGAGCAGAUGGCCCUGGUUCGAAUCCCAGACUGGGCUUUCUUGAACUUGGGUUGUUUUUGUGGAGUUGUCAAGGUUCUCAACCCAUUUGGCUUGGUCCUGUCAGAGGACGGAGGACAGAUGUUAAAAUUUGGAAGUUUCGGCUCUUAGAUAACCUAAUAGAGUUGGUAAAGAUGUUAAACCCCUAGACCUGCUUUACUCCCUAAUAUUUUGAAAGGUAUUAGCAGCUUAACAUAACAGCUACAUUUUAUUAUUAGGGGCUAUCGGAAGAUAUAGGAGGUGAGAUUUACAUAUAAAACAUGCCUCAAUGGGAGAAGAUAAGAAAAAAAAUGUAUCAACAGAAAUGGAUUCAAAUCAAGGUUUAAUUUUCUAAAUGAAGGAGCCCUCCAACAUAGUAGAUACUGUGCUCAUUUGAAGUUAUGUUGCUGCUGAAGUGGUAAAACUCUUACCAAACAUCAGAACCCCCCCCCCUCCCCCCCUCAGGCAGAAGGCAGAAAUUUCAGCAAAUUGGCCAAGAAUGUUGAGACCCUCAAAGUCCUUGACCUCUUUUUUUAUUUAGAGGGGCUCUGUUGGGUUCUGCUGGGGAAAAAAAGAUUCAUUUCCAUACUCCCUAAAUUCCUGCCUUCCGAUAUUGUCCUUCUGGACAAAGAUUUGCACGCCCUCAGUGGCUGCAUCCCAAAGGGUGUUCAGGAUGUCAGUGGGUGUAAGUGGGCUGUGUUCUUCACCAGAUGUGAAUAUGAGAAUAAAUUUGACAGCUUAAGAUGGGGAAGAAAUAGUUACGCACAUCUAUUCCAGUUUUUAGUUUGCUACAAUCUAUUUAUGUGAGUUGAGUCAUUUUUUUACUCAAGAUUGUUCAUUGCUGUUAUGUUGCUUUUCUGAAGUGUCAGAUACGCUAUAUGCCAUGCUUGGUUUUGGUUUUUGGGGCGUAUUCUCAAUGUGACUGUGCUGAAGUAGAACUAUUGGGCAUAUUGCAUGAUGUUGCCUCAUUUGAAAUGAAAGUCUUGCUGAAAACUGAUGAUUGCGAUAUGCCCAAACACAGGAACAAUUUUGAAAAGUCUGAUUGUAUGAAUCACAAUCAUGUAGGCUUUUCAAGAAAAAACUGAGUCAAAGCAGUUUAUAUGAAAACUCAUUAUUUACAGCAAGUUUUGAGAAACCAAAUGAAACCUCCUGCACUAGCGAUCUAGAGAGAAAAAAAGUGAGUUUGAAUUCUGAAGAUAACCACUUUUGUCAUUAAACCCUUGAUGUAACUCUCUUGGAGUUUUGGUGUAAUGUCAUGUUGCAGAAGCCUUUUUAACACUUUGAAUGGUCGCAUCCAAUGUCCCCUCUGAAACCCAAAGUCAGAGACUCCAGCCUUAAGUUAAGCUAACAUUGUGAUUGAUAUACUUCAAGUAUAUGUAUUUGUGUCAAUUUUCUGUUAUAACCAGGUACAGUAUAAAUGCUUGGUUUGUCGCUGAUUCUUAAUUUUGUACUUUUUGCUACUUACUACUCUGUGCUGGGAAUAUAUGCUGGUGAUGUUGCCGUCGUUUUUCACUCUGAAUCUGCUGUUUAUUCCUCUGUACAAGGUCUGCUACUGGAGUGUUUCUCCGCCUGCCUUACUUCACUUACAUUGUUACUAGAAUUUUGUGUUCACCAAUAUCACUCUCUGUUUUUGUGCCUGUCAGUGUGGGUCAGGAAGCCUCAAACAUCUCAGGGCGAAAAGCAUGUAAUAUUGCAAUGUAAUUUCUUGCUGGCUGAAGAAAGUGAUUUCUUAUCAGGAAAAUUAUAAACAAUUAAAAAGAGCUAUGAUAAAUUUUAUUAUCUAGAUUCCUAAACAUGUGUGGCUUCAUUACUGAAACGAAAAUGCAAGAUUUUUCUUUUUUAUGUCUGUCUAUUGAGACUAGCUGUUGCACUUCGUUAUAUAGUUUAGAAAGAGGGAGACUGGAGCUGUACAGUAAUAUUUAGUUUCUUGGGCUGUCUGUGUAGAGUUUGACAAAGCCAGCUGCAAAGUGAUUUACGUGUACACAUGCAGUUUCCUGUUAGUGUUAGCACUAAAGCAACCCAAAGUGGUGGGAUUUUGGCAAUUGCCAAAACCCAGUGUGUGUGUGUGUGUGUGUGUGUGUGUGUGUGUGUGUGUGUGUGUGUGUGUGUGUGUGUUGCUAAUGUUGUACAUGUAUCUCCUUUUCUUGUUGGUUGCUUGAGCAAAGAGAAGUUGAUUGAUGCCUUUCCAGUAAUUAAAUAUGAUAGAGUAAAACGAACUUAAUGAGAAAUUUGAUUUUUUCGACUUGUUCCGAGUUUUAAAGUUCUGUCAGACCUACUGGGGAGCUUGUUAAUGAUUUAUUUGUCUUUGACACUUUUCUUAAUUAAAUUUCUAAAAGUUCAACUCCCUGAGAGUAGUGGCAUUAUUAUUGUUUAUUUAUUUGGGAUAAAUCUUUAUCUCUGGUUUUUCUUUAUUAAACUGAAAGUCUGAAUGUGAAUGGCAAGUUUCCAAUUGGAAUGCAAAAAAAAAAUGGCCCAGAUGAUUGUUGCUGUAAUAAUUACGUUGUCAUUGACAUGGAUAAUACAGAUUAAUUAAGGCUGUUGCUCUGAAUAUGUCUGGAAGACAACUGUGGAGAAUUCGUGAAGCUCAAUUGUACAUUAGUAUGAUCCAGAAGUGUUAAGGCUCUUGUGUAAUCAAGGCCCAUGUUCAUGUAUAGCACGUUUAUGCGAUGAUAUGUUGUGUUCUAUCAUUCCAUUGGUGACCUAUUCAAACUUUUCAUUGUGAACAUAUUAUUACAUGUACAAGUUUCAUAAUAAAACGGCCCGAGAGCAUAUUUGUGUUGA